CCCCCCGGAUUCUAAGUUUUCGGUUCAGGACCGGUUCGGUUCUGGUGUCUGUUGGACGGGUCAGGAAGUUUGCUCGCUGUGGAUUUUUAUUGGCUUCUCUUGGAUUUUACGGGGAAACAACUGGAAACCUGUUUUCUGUGCGGGACGUGUGUGUGGUUCUGAGCUCCGACCGGAACCGAGCCGAGUCAGAACAUGCCCGUUAGAAAGAAAGACGCCCAGCGGGCCCUGCUGCUCCUGGAGGAGUACCGGAACAAGCUGAACCACACGGAGGACCGGCAGCUGCGUCUCUCCAUCCAGAGAGUCAUCGACAUCUUCCAGAGCAACCUGUUCCAGGCUCUCAUAGAUAUCCAGGAAUUUUACGAAGUGACCUUAUUGGACAACCAGAGGUGGGCGGAGUCUUCCCGGGGGGCGGAGCCUGGCGUGCCCCUCCACCUGUGGGACCUGUCCAGCCUGCAGAGCCCGACCGGAACCUCCGAGACGCUGCCCAGCCUUAGCACCAGCAUCGAGGAGUCCCCCCUCCUUAACGAAAUCCUGCACACCUUGGCGCAGGCCAAGCUGUCCCCCCGCCAUGACGGCCAGAAGUACCGGCACCACGAUGAGGACUCGUCCCCCCAGGACCAGAGCCCCCCACCCCUCACGGAGGAGGGGGCCGGGCCAGAGCUGGUCCAGGUCGCCGAGAAGAACCUCAAUCAGAUCGAGAACGUCCACGGAUAUGUCACGCACGCCCACAUCUCACCUAUGAAGGUAGCGUCUCUGGAGUUCCUCCUGGACGGCUCCUCGUCGUUAGGACUCUUCCCCCCGGAGCUCCCUCCCCCACGCCCUCCACCCUCUACCCACGGAGAGGACAGCCCCCUCCCCUCCUGCUCGUCCAACCCCUACCCCCCUAUACAGCAGGCCGAGGCCGCCCCGCCCUGCUCUUCUAUAAUCCCUGUGAUCCCCAUCGCUCCAAUCCCAGCCGAGACCUCCACCAUCCCCGCAGCGUCACAGGCCAAUCCGCCGCCCGUGGUGGUCAACACCGACAGCCUGGACACGCCGCCAUACGUGAACGGGACGGAGGCUGAAUACGAGUACGAGGAAAUCACGCUGGAGAGGGGAAACUCUGGGCUGGGCUUCAGCAUCGCCGGAGGGACCGAUAACCCCCACAUUGGCGAAGACCCCAGCAUCUUCAUCACCAAAGUCAUCCCUGGAGGAGCAGCCGCUCAGGACGGACGGCUCAGGGUGAACGACGUCAUCCUGCGGGUGAACGAGGUGGACGUCCGGGACGUGACCCACAGCCGGGCCGUGGAGGCGCUGAAGGAGGCGGGGUCUCUGGUGCGCCUCUACAUCCGGCGGAGGAAACCGCUGUCAGAGAAGGUGAUGGAGCUCAAGCUGGUGAAAGGACCCAAAGGUUUGGGCUUCAGCAUCGCGGGCGGCGUCGGGAACCAGCACAUCCCCGGAGACAACAGCAUCUACGUCACCAAGAUCAUCGAAGGCGGCGCCGCGCAGAAGGACGGCAGGCUGCAGAUCGGAGACAAGCUGCUGGCCGUGAACAGCCUCUGUCUGGAGGAGGUGACCCAUGAACACGCCGUCACUGCCUUGAAAAACACUCCUGAUGUUGUCUACUUGAAAGUGGCAAAACCCAACAGUGUCUUCAUGAACGACAGCUUCGCCCCGCCGGACCUCACCAACUCCUACACGCAGCACGUGGAGAACCAUAUCAGCCCCCCCAACUUCCUGGGCCAGAGCCUGCCCCCGCCGGCGUCGUCGGGGCGAUACUCGCCCACGCCGAAGGGCAUUCUGGGAGAAGAUGACGUCACACGGGAGCCGCGGAAGGUGGUUCUGCACCGCGGGGCGACGGGUCUGGGCUUCAACAUCGUGGGCGGCGAAGACGGCGAGGGCAUCUUCAUCUCCUUCAUCCUGGCCGGCGCGGCAGACCUGAGCGGGGAGCUGAGGAAAGGAGACCGCCUGGUGUCGGUGAACGGCGUUGACCUCCGGAACGCCACGCACGAGCAGGCCGCCGCCGCCCUGAAGAACGCCGGCCAGACGGUGACCAUCGUCGCCCACUACAGGCCAGAAGAGUACAGCCGCUUCGAGGCCAAGAUCCACGACCUGCGGGAGCAGAUGAUGAACAGCAGCAUCAGCUCGGGCUCCGGGUCGCUGCGGACCAGUCAGAAGAGGUCUCUCUACGUCAGAGCUCUGUUUGAGUACGACAAGACGCGGGACUCGGGUCUGCCCAGCCAGGGCCUCAACUUCAAGUUCGGAGACAUCCUGCAUGUGGUGAACGCCUCGGACGACGAGUGGUGGCAGGCCCGGCACCUGACGCCUCAGGGGGAGCAGGAGGAGGUGGGAGUGAUCCCCAGCAAGAGGAGAGUGGAGAAGAAGGAGCGAGCGCGGUUAAAGACGGUGAAGUUCAACGCCAAGUCAAGAGACCGAGGGCAGUCCGUCAAUGACAAGCGUAAAAAGAACCUCUUUACCCGAAAGUUUCCUUUCUACAAGAGCAAAGAGCCGAGCGAGCAGGAGACCAGCGACGCCGACCAACAUGUGACGUCUAACGCCAGUGAUAGUGAAAGUAGCUACCGUGGGCAGGAUGAGUACGUUCUGUCGUACGAACCCGUCGUUCAGCAGGAAGUGAACUACACCCGACCCGUCAUCAUCCUGGGCCCGAUGAAGGACCGGAUCAACGACGACCUGAUCUCCGAAUUCCCGGAUAAAUUCGGCUCCUGCGUCCCGCAUACGACCCGGCCCAAACGGGACUACGAGGUGGACGGGCGGGACUACCACUUCGUGGCGUCGCGGGAGCAGAUGGAGAAGGACAUCCAGGAGCACCGCUUCAUCGAGGCGGGCCAGUACAACAACCACCUGUACGGAACCAGCGUGCAGUCCGUCCGCCAGGUGGCCGAGAAGGGGAAGCACUGCAUCCUGGACGUGUCCGGCAACGCCAUCAAGAGGCUGCAGCUGGCGCUGCUGCACCCCAUCGCCAUCUUCAUCAAACCCAAAUCCGUGGAGAACAUCAUGGAGAUGAACAAACGUUUGACGGACGAACAGGGAAGGAAAACAUUCGACCGCGCCGCCAAGCUGGAGCAGGAGUUCACCGAGCACUUCACAGCCGUUGUCCAGGGCGACACGCUGGAGGAGAUCUACGAUCAGGUGAAGCAGAUCAUCGAGGAUCAGUCGGGUCCGUUCAUCUGGGUUCUGUCCAAGGAGAAGCUAUGAGGCGCCGCCGCUCCUCUUCAUCACUUGGGUUAUUCUGGAAGAAGAGUCCAGCUGCAGACGGCAGCCUCACCCUCCAUCCAUCCGUCAUCCGUCCAUCAUCCAUCCAUCCGUCAUCCCUCAGCGAUCAGCAGACGGCUCCAUGUUGUUCCGCCUGAUUUGGAAGCACACAGGAAGUGACAUCACACUCAGCACGGUACAGCUCCUUAAUGUUUAAGGACGGAGAACUUCGGAGGAGAGUUCGGAAACGUACGAAGCAGAUUUUCUUCCUUUUUCUUGUUUUCUUUGUGGGUUUUUUCCAGCCGGCUCCGUUUGUCGGGUCGGAGAAUCAGAGACACAAAAAGCAAAACUUUGCACGUUUGAGCUUUAACAGCAUGUCGGUUUAAACCCGUUGAUUUCCCAUCAGCCCCUUCACCUCAGCGUCUGACAUCACAGCUUCUGUCACAGCUUUUCUGUCUUUUUUUAUUGAUUCAUGUUUAGUUUUGAACAUUUUCGCUCCUCUGCUGCAGGACGUCUGUCAGGAAGCUGCAGGGUCUUCGCUCUGCCACCAGAGGGCGCCAAAGAAAUCCUCCCCGAAAAACGAGCUGAUUUUAAACUCAUAAAUUAAAACAAACAGAAAUGAUUAACGGUUUAUUAGACUCAAUCAAAUUCACAUGAACUUAAACUAACAUAUUUUUUUGGUAAAUUUAAGACUAAAUGCACAGAAAAACGUUCUAAAUAAACUUUAGUGCCAAAAAUCAAACAAAAUAGCAAAAUCAUCAGUUUAUUUUUACAAAUUUUAUCGUCAGAGUAAAAUAAACCCGUUUAUUUUAAUAACAGAACAUUUCAUACCAUAAAAUUCAGGUGUUGAAAGGGAGAAAUUAAAAGAACAUUUUAAAUAUUUUCCCAUUUUAGUAAAAAAAUAAAAGAAAAAGAAAGAAAAUUUUAAUGAUUUUGUUUUUAGAAUAAAAAAAUGAUCCUAUUUUUAACAAAAUAUUAUUAAUAAUUAUAUAUUUCUUUAGUCUUGUUAAAAUUGUGCCAAAAUCUGUUAUGGAAAUUUUUUAUGAAGCCAAAGGAAAAACAGAACAUAAAUUAACGCAUAAAUUUGAACAAAUUGUUAAAAGAUUUCAAUAAUUGAAUUAAAGCUGAUGGAACAAAAAUCAUAAACAUUUAAUACAAAACAGAAAAUUAUGGAUUGGAUGACAUUUAAAAGUUCACAUAUAAAAUCAAUUUAAUUUUCAUUCUAAAAAUUCUCCAGGAUUCUGAAUUUAAAUUUUAAAAGUUUCAAAGAAAUGAUUUACUAACUUUUUUAUUUUCAUGUUUAUUUUCAGUUAGAAAUAAAAUGAUAUAAUUAAAACCAAAAACUCAGGAAGGAAAAAAACAUGUUUGCCUUAGGAUUAAAAAAAUCAUAAAUAUAAAAACCAUUAUUUUACAAGCUUAGUUGCACAUCAUGAAUUAUUAAAAAUGUUUAAAGACUUUAUCAGAAUUUAAUUAUAGCUGCUACAGAUUAUAAGAACAUAAAAAUAGAAAUAUUUACAAAGUUUACAGUAAAAUCAACAUAUUUCUUUUUAAAACCAGUUAACCUCAUUCUGACAUGAAAUCCUCCAAACUGCGUUAAAUUUUUUAUUUUUAUUUUUUAUCAAACUGCGUUAAAUUAAAUCUUAAGUUUUUUCUCUUCCUCUGGUUUCUCCUCGUUACCAUGGCGACCCCAGCUGCUCAGCGGCGCCCCCUGUGGCCGAAGCGUGGCCCUGGCAGUGGCGACGUCCGUCAGCAGCGUCAGUGUCUUACCACGUGUUGUUGUGGCUGCGCCUGCAGCGCCCCCUGCCGGCGCUCGCAGGUGAAAGAGAUUUUGACAGAUAUUUAACCUUCGGUAAACUGCCUAUUUUGUUAUAAUGAAAGUCUAUAUUGAACUUCAGCACUACGGGAUUCUUUCUUUGCUUUGGUAAUCAUAUAUGAAUAGAGACGUAUAAAGAGAUUUGAAUAUGGAUAUAUAUUUUUUUCUUUUUCUUUGAUCACCACCUCCUUUGUCUUUUAAUUUUUUUAAAGCAUAAUAAAAAGUUAACAGGAAAACCAGGA